AUGGAAGGCGUGGAAAAUCCGAUCGAAGGCGAGAAGAACGGCGAAGGAUGGUGGCGGUGGGGACUGAGGAAAUGUAGACCGGCUGGUUUACAGGACCUACCUGCUCCCCAGGGCCCAGGAUAUCCUAGUCCGGACCGGAAUGGCGCACACGGAACGAGGCACCCGCGAAACCGCGCUCUCGACUGCGGCCGCAGUUUUUUUUCAACCUCGCGCAACCCGACUCAAAACUCGAACCCCGAACGGUCAGGAAACCCCUUGGGCCCCUCCCAAGGGGCUUCCCAGCUAAUUCAGCACCCCCAGCGACUCCGCGCCAACAACGAGGUCACCCAGACGCCCAAAGGCUGCGCACAGCGCGCAGCAAAAUAA